AUGCUGCAACCCAUUGUGUCCUCUCGAUCUUGUCGUAUCGUACCGGCGCCCACUACUUCGAAAGCUAGCUACGCUGCCAAUCCCAAGCCAAUGGUAACGGGGUCCUCUCGAUACCGUCCUAUCGCACCGGCGCCCGCUACUUCAAAGCCUAGCUACGCUGCCAAUCCCAAGCCAAUGGUAACGAGGUCCUCUCGAUAUCGUCCUAUUGCACCGGCGCCUGCUACUUCAAAGCCUAGCUACGCUGCCAAUCCCAAGGCAAUGCUCCGCUACCGGUUCCCAGGAAACAUCUGUGCUACACCCAGGUCCCUCUCCGGCCCUUCCAUCCUCUCAACAUCAUCACUUAGCGUCCCCGCCUGCUGCUUCAAACCGUUACCACGGCACCGGUCCCCAGGCAGCAUCGAUGCUAUCCCCAAAUGCCUCUCCGGACCUUCCUCCACCUUCUCAACAUCAUCGUUCAGCGGCCUCGCCCACUACUUCAGACCGUAG